GUGGUUGAGACACGAGAGAAUAUGUAACCAUAACGAAUGAAAAAGCUUGAAAGAGUUAGUUAAGGUUUUACACGCCAUCUUAGCUCAUGCAAUAUGCUCCUGCCAUCAUUCCAAUAUAUCCUUCUCAUUCUUUCAGCCCAAGAAUAUAUAAAUCUAAACUUCUUUUCUCAUGCAAGCCCUGCAUUUCACCUACCAAGUAACAAAAACAAACCCAAGCUUCAUCUCAGCAUAAUAUUGUUAGUGUCCUUUAGAUCUUUGUUUUUCUCGUUCAAUAAGAAGCUAUACUCUGAUAACUUUCUGAAUUUUUUGAGAUGGGAGUUUAAGGAUGAGGUAAGUCAUGUUGCAGUGGAUGAUGAUGCAGUUAACCAUUGCUAUCAACUCAACCCUGGAUGCAUCUCUACUUGUCCCUUUGUUCUGUUUUCUAUUCUUCGUUUGUUAAUUUUUUUUUUAUAAUUUUCCAAUUUUGUUCAGUCAAAAGAAGCAGCAACAACAAUUUUGGAACUAAGAGUAGACACGGUAACCUGCCGGGUCUGUUUUCCCUCUUUUGGUCUCUGGUUGCUUUGAAUCAUUGACGGUUAAGAUGAAUAUUUUCCAACACCUCCUGGAGAGACUAAGACAGCUAGUGGGAUCCAAAGGAUGGGAUUAUUGCGUUCUCUGGAAAUUGAGUGAUGAUCAAAGGUUUAUUGAGUGGAUGGAUUGUUGUUGUGCUGGAGCUGAGAACAUUGACAGCGGUGGAGAACUUCAAUUUCCUGUCACUCCAGUCCUUCCUUGCAGGGAUGUUAUGUUCCAGCACCCAAAAACCAAAUCCUGUGAACUGCUUGCCCAACUUCCCUCUUGCAUGCCCCUGGACUCCGGGAGCCAUGCACAGACCUUGAUAUCAAACCAACCCAAGUGGUUAAACUUCUCUAAUAACUCAGAUUCAAAUGUUUUAGAGGAAAUAGUUGGAACUAGGACUUUGAUUCCAGUUGCAGGCGGUCUAGUUGAGCUGUUUGUUGCCAAACAAGUAUGUGAAGAUCAAAAUGUCAUAGAUUAUAUUGCCACCCUCUGCAACAUCUCAUUAGAGCAGGGCGGAAUGAUGAACUCAAGCAGCAUGGAUGCACAUUUUACCGAACUAAACACCCAAGCACUGAAUGAGCUUCAACCAAAGCAUCAUUUAGGCAAUGAGGAUGAUCAAAAGGAUCCCACCAAUCAUUUCCAACAACCGGUUUCUUUGGCAACAACACUAGAAACACUAAACCUACCAUAUGACAUCUCUGCUGAUCGAAUUCGAUCAUGCAAUUCGCCAACGAACUCCCUGCAGCAUUAUAAUUACCUUUCAGAACAUAAAACCAAGAUUGAUGUGUAUGUUGAAGGAUCCCACGAUGCAUUCCUUCCUGAUCACAAGGUUGCUAGCCCGUAUAAUGAUAAUGAACUUCAAGAGAUGGAUCCAUUGAACUCCAUUCUAACCAAUGAAUCAAUCCUAAUCCAAGGAAAUGAUAAGGACUCGAUUAAACAAGAGAAUGGACGAUCAGAUUCAAUGUCGGAUUGCAGUGAUCAGAAUGAUGAUGAAGAUGAUGCAAGGUACCAAAGGCGGCCAGGAUCAAAGGGGCCUCAGUCCAAAAACCUUGUUGCUGAGAGGAAAAGGAGGAAAAAGCUUAACGAGAGACUCUAUGCUCUUCGCUCUUUGGUUCCCAAAAUUUCUAAGUUGGAUAGGGCUUCCAUCCUUGGAGACGCAAUUGAGUUUGUGAAGGAGUUACAAAACCAAGUAAAAGAACUACAAGAUGAGCUUGAGGAACAUUCGGAUAAUGAUGGUUCUAAGAAAACAGGCCUGAAUGGAAUCCACAAGAAUGUUCAAUCUGAGAUUUUCUCACAAAAUGAAAUCGCUGUGGAUCCUAACCCUGAACAUGAUAAAGGACCGAAUGGCUUUCCAGUUGGAGGUAAUGGCAGUGUCUCAAAGCAAAAGCAAGAUGUGGAAAUUACAAGUGACAAGACACAGCAGAUGGAGGUACAAGUGGAAGUUGCUCAAAUAGAUGGAAACCAGUUUUUCGUUAAAGUAUUCUGUGAGCACAAACCUGGAGGGUUUGUGAGAUUAAUGGAGGCUUUGGAUUCAUUGGGCUUGGAAGUAACAAAUGCGAAUGUAAACAGCUUCAGAGGCCUUGUGUCAAAUGUUUUCAAAGUAGAGAUAAAAGACAGUGAGAUGGUUCAAGCUGAUCAUGUGAGGGACUCCUUGCUGGAGCUGACCCGAAACCCUUCCAAAGGUUUGUCUGAGAUGGCAAAAGCUUCGGAGAAUAACAACGGCAUUGAUUGCAAUUAUCACAAGCAGCAGCAGCAGCUUCAGCAUCACCUCCACAAUCACCAUAUCAGUUCCCACCACCGCCAUCUCCACCACUUCCAAAAGCAAUUGGCAUGACCUUCCUCAAGCUGUGCGUAAGAAAGGGUCUUUGGACCUUGUAUCCCUUUCCUUAUAAUAUGUAAGCUAAUCAUCAGGAGAUUUCUUACAAUAAUACUAGGAGUAACACCC